AUGUGUGAGAGUUUAGUGGACGAUGAAAGAGAAACCGACAACUCAGAUUUUGUGUGGCCUUUGCGGGAGGCGAGCUAUAAAUACUCGGAAGAAUAUGGAGGCGAUACAGUUCAUUUUCUUCCUCCUCGUCUGCAACACCAAAGGAAAAUCACAAUGGUUCUGAGUGCUCUGAUGAAGUCAGCCGUUGUGCUGGGAGUGAUGUACGGAGCUGUGGCUGACGGAGGCUACGGCUCUCACGGAGGAGGAUUUGGAGGCGGUGUUUCCGGAGGCUUCGGAGGAGGAAGUCACGGUGGCGUUGGAGGAGGCCUCGGUGGAGGCAGCUUCAUCGGAGGAGGCGGCCACGGCGGCUACGGUGGAGGCGUUGGCGGCGGCAGCGUCGUCCGUGCACGUCUGGUCGGAGUCGGCGUCCUCCCCUCGGUCGGAGGCGGCUACGGCGGCGGUGCCGUCGGAGGCCAUGGCGGAGGCGCUGGAGGCUUCAUCGGAGGCGGCAGCAGUGUAGGAGGCGGAUUCGGAGGCUCCGUCGGAGGCGGAUUCGGAAGCCACGGGUCUUCCGGACACGUCAGCGGAGGAUACGGCGGGAAAUAA